CAGAUGUAUAGACCAAUGGGGAAAGAGUAUAAAAGACAAAGUCAUACAUCCCCUGGCGGUCUCAGGUUGGUGGUCCCAUUGUACUUUCCUCCACACAUCUAUACUGACCAGCCAGCAAAUCGGACACAAAAGCAAACUGGUGGGUUCAUGAUGGCUCCAUGGACCAUGCUGUGUGUGCUGCUGCUGGCUGUCUUGUGUCAGUGCUCGGGGCCGACCAGCUCCUCAGAGGAUCUGCAACCUUUACCACCCAAGGGGGCUUGCACCAACUGGAUGGGGGGUGCCCCGGGCCACCCUGGCUACAAUGGGGCUCCAGGCCGGGAUGGGAGAGAUGGCAUCAAUGGUGAAAAGGGCGAGAAAGGAGAUGCAGGUCUGCUGGGCCCCAAGGGCGACACUGGGGAAACAGGAGUUCCAGGACCCGAGGGUCCCCGGGGAUUCCCCGGACUCCCGGGGAAGAAGGGCGAGCCGGGAGAGGCGGCCUACAGGUACCGCUCGGCCUUCAGCGUGGGGCUGGCCACGCGCGCCCCGGUGCCCAACGUGCCCAUCCGCUUCACCAAGAUCUUCUACAACGCGCAGGACCACUACGACGUCACCACGGGAAAGUUCCGCUGUAACUUCCCGGGCCUGUACUUCUUCUCCUACCACCUCACGGUGUACAUGAAGGACGUGAAGGUCAGCCUCUUCAAGAAGGACAAGGCGGUCAUCUUCACCUAUGACCAAUUCCAGGAAAAAAACGUUGACCAAGCCUCAGGCUCCGUCCUCCUGCACCUGGAGUCCGGGGAGGAAGUCUGGCUCCAGGUGUACGGGGAUGGGGAGCACAACGGGCUCUACGCAGACAACGUGAAUGACUCCAUUUUCAGCGGUUUCCUUCUUUAUCACGAUGCUGAGCAACCAUGAGAGCACCACAGGGGCAGCUGGGUGGUGCAGUGGGUAGAGCACCAGCCCCAAAGUCAGGAGGCCCCGAGUUCAAAUCCGACCUCAG